AUGGCCAAGCCCAUCGUCAUCAGCUUCAAACGCCGGCUUGGGGAAGGGUCCGAGCCGGAACCCGUAGAGCCCAGCGACGGCAGCGAAGGCAGUCAAGGUGAGCAGAAGGCGAAGGCCGCCAGGACCAGGCUGGCCCGGGGCCUGUGGGAGCGCGUGGAGCGGCUGAAGGACCAGUUGGAGAAUUGGCUGGAGGUGGAGACAGCACAUCUGGCGCUCGCAGCGGAGGCCGCAGUGGAAACGGGAAGCCAAGCGCGUGACGAGGCGAGAAUGGGAGUAAUGGGAGUUUGGUUGCAGCGGCACUUGCGCUGCGGCAGAGGGUGGAGGCCGACGAGAAGGCUCUAUCCGAGCUCACGGGUUUCAUGA